AUGUUCACACCGGCACACCGAACGCGUGUUUUACUGUUUCUCUGGAGAAGAACAUACUCAUCUAGUCCGGGAAAUAAAGCACAAGCAUUUCAAAAUUUGUUAGAUCUCUGGCCACCGGAUACCUGUAAUCGCAAAAUGACUUUCCAGGGUGAAUUCGCCAAAAGGAUCCAAAAAGUCAUGUCCAAUCCUUCGUCUCAAGCAAACCAGGCUCUCCUCGAUCAAAGCGAGUUUGAUAGCCUGUCCCGUAUUCUCAGCAAUUAUCAUCGCGAUCGAUAUAAAAUGCCCACUGGUUUGGGGCAAGCUGCAUUAAACUCCAAUGCACCUCGGAUUGCGGCCACCGGGGCCGAUCUUCUCGAAUGUCGACGAAUUCUGUCCAAUCAAGACGAGUAUCUCCGAAGGCGAGUGCCCAUGAGAGAACGUCUUUGGACGGUGCUUAAACAGCUCUUUUGGUCAGAUUCUGUGAAGCUAAAUAAAUCUGUAUAG